CGAAGCGCGUGCUGGAAAAGCCGAGGCGUAGGGCUGAGAGCAGCGCGAGCACCGGAGAUCUGCAACAGGGGCAUCACUCGUCACAACAUCCAGCCUCUUAUCCGCCCUCUCUCCAUUUUGUCAAGGUUUUUAAGCUUUAUCGUUGGACUCUGAAUCGCGGUGAGCGGUAGGAGCCGGGCUCAUUAGCGAGGCUUUUGUUAGCCCGUUUUGGGGGGCAGUUACUGUUGCCAGUCGGUGGGGGGCCGCGUUAUCACCUUUCGGUUAUUGGGGAGGCAAAACGGCAGCCUCUCACCGCGUGCUAGUCAAAAAGCGAUUUUAGGUGUCUUUAGUCGUAUCCCAGUGGUAUAUUGUAUCUAGUCGGACCGGAAUAACGGCGCUUUUCAAAUAAAGGUGAAAAUUUGCUGCAGCUCUUUGUGUGGAUUUAGCUUCGUUUCCCCGUCGCUCGACCUGAAGUUCCGCACUCCGAUCUCCAAAACAUGUGCUCCCGGGUGUGGUUUAUCACAGACCGGCGGAUCAGCCAGGAGUACCCGCAGGUCCAGAUCCUGCGAGCGCUGAAGGAGCGCUGCGUCGAGGACGAUGUUGAAUUCCGCUAUCUCCUAAUGGAUGAGAUCGUCUUGACCAUCACGGACUGGCAGCUCGGUCUACGGGUUGGGCAAGAGAUUGUGACCUCGUACCCACAGGUUGCAGUGGUGCGCGUUCCGACCCCAUGGGUCCAGUCGGACAGUGACAUCACUGUCCUGCGUCACCUGGAGAAGAUAGGCUGCCGUCUGGUCAACCGCCCACAGGCCAUCCUUAACUGUGUCAAUAAGUUCUGGACCUUCCAGGAGCUCGCUGGGCACGGAGUCCCUCUGCCGGACACUUACUCCUACGGGGGACAUGACAACUUCCGCAAGAUGAUCGAUGAAGCGGAGCCUCUAGGUUACCCUGUGGUGGUGAAGAAUGCUCGCGGACACAGAGGUAAAGCUGUGUUCUUGGCCCGAGAUAAGCACCACCUCUCAGACCUUUGUCACCUGAUUCGCCAUGACGCCCCAUACCUGUUUCAGGAGUAUGUAAAGGAGAGCCAUGGGCGGGAUGUGCGAGUGGUACUGGUUGGCGGGAGAGUGAUUGGAUCCAUGCUGCGCUGCUCUACUGAUGGACGCAUGCAGAGCAACUGCUCUCUGGGUGGUGUGGGAAUGAUGUGCCCCCUCAGUGAGCAGGGCAAGCAGCUGGCUGUGCAGGUGUGCAACAUUUUGGGAAUGGACGUGUGUGGGAUCGACUUGCUGCAGCUGAACGAUGGCUCCUUUGUGGUGUGUGAGGCUAAUGCCAAUGUGGGCUUCAUCGCUUUCGACCAGGCCUGUGGCAUGGAUGUGGCGGGCAUCGUGGCCGACUACGCCCUCUCCCUGCUGCCAAGCCGCCUCAGCAGGAAAAUGUCACUGCUUUCUGUAGUUUCCAGCACCAGUGAAACAAGCAGCGAGCCCGAGGUGCUUAUUCCCACUGAGGUGAUCAUCCCCAGAGAGGUGUGUAUCCCCAACGAGAUCUGCCCACCUGGUGCUACAUGUGCCAUCCCCGACGGCGUCUCCACCAUGAGCACAAGCUCCACCUCCAGUGAGAGUGAGGUGGAUCUAAACGAAACAGGCCCUGCCCCUGUCGCCACUGAUCCCACCUACAAUAUCAACUCCCUACUCGCGAGUGAGAUAAAACUGUUGACUGAGUGAGCUGGAAUCACAGCCACAAACACACACACACACACACACACACACACACACACACACGCAUACACAAACAUUGCAGAGCGACACACAUACUGAAGUGGACAUGAUACAGAUGCACAUGUGUAAUCAUACUAACCCUCCUUGUAAACCCCUGUCUGAGGCUGCUCCCCUGAUGUUUCUUUUCCAUUGACAGACUAUAGAAUUAUUCAAGUGUACAGUGCAGUUUGGAAGUGCACUAGAUCGUGUACACUCCAGCUAGGCUGUGGUGCACCAGCUGAAUAUGCGUUUGCCACUAAUUUGAGGGUGCAUGUACUGUAGAGUGGUUUUAUCGGGAAAAGAUUCCCAUAUGUAAUCUUUCAGCUACACAUCCAACUGGAUUCUGAUGUACAUACUGUGGGUUAGGGUAAACAAACUCAAGGACAUUUUACAAUUUGUAUUAAAAAAGAGAAUUAAUGAAUUUUGUCUGUUACAAACCCUUUGGUGAAGGCUGGCUAAAGGUAGAAUGCUUUUUGUGUGUGGGUGGGAGAGAGAGUGCAACAGAAUGGACCCAAAUUCAGCUGCCCACUGUGAUACAAAGGCAUGUGCCUCCCUGCCCUCAGAGAACACAUAAAGGGACAGCAAAUUUAAAAACUGGAAAGUUUAGUUGGAUGGCCCCUCAAUCUCUUUAAAGCAAGAAUGAGUAUGACUUAUCUUGGGCUGUUGCAAUGGCUACCUGUAGUUAAUGAAUUUACUGCUGAUAGGAUAUGCAUAAAGAUUUCACUUGCUCUGAUAGUGUCAGCAAGAAUUGAGUGACUCAAUAAACAUUUACAUUCCUAAAUGUGCAAGUGAGAAUUUGGUGCACAGGAACUGGCCCUAAAUCAAUUCUCAUGAGCAUCACUUACCUGGUAAUUCUGUAAAUUAGGCCUCCAUUUUAAGAAUCCUUGUUAUGCACCAUUUUGAACUAGUUGAAACAUGUACAUGGAUUGGUCCUACAGAAGGUAAUGUGACAAGCAUAAUUUUACAAUGUCAAGUAUUCAGAUCUGCAAUUGACCACAUGCCAAUCUGCAUGUCUGUCACCUUAAAGGCAAAUCAUUAUCUUCCACAUAUUAGGGUCUGAGCAGUGAGUUGCAUAGAGCUAGAGAAAGUAGAAUUUUAAAUUCUAAUGUUUUUACCACGAGGGCUGAACAUUUUGCCAACACUAAACGCUGAUGAUGAAUAAGCCAUUUGUCUUCAACGAUUUGUUUGUACAUAAAUCUUGCAACAAUAAAACUGAAGUGUCAACUCAAAUGGGUGCUAAAACGUCUCUUAAUUCAGCCCAGUGGUUCAAAAGCCAAUGGUAACCAGAAAGAAAAACAGGAAUUGUAUUGAUUUAAAUCUCCAUUUAUUUGCAGUACUCUUCUCAGGAUAUAUUAGUGCAUAGAUCAUUUCACAAGUCUAAUUAUUUUCUUUAACUUUAAGCAACUCUAGAAACAUCUGGACAUUCUCACUGAAAUUUAAGAAUCCAGAUCAUAUUUGAACCAAACUCGGCACAUUUAUAUGCACAUUCGCAUGGAGUCUUAAGGUUUAAGACAAAAUGCACAUAACAAUAAACCUCAAAUUCACCAUGGACCAAACUCACAAUCCAGACCAGCUCGAAUGGUUUACAAUGUUAGAAGUCACACAGUUAAGAUCAAUGAAAAUGCAGUUCAUGCUGUGAUUCAGAAUUUGAGUGAACUUUACAGUAAAGUUAAAAUUUAGAUGAUCUUCUGUUUACAGUAAGACUGUAGGUUUUAAAUUAGUCAACUCAGGGAAGCAGCCUUGAUCAAAUUCCUCUCCUUUGGAACAUGUGACAUUCAUGCUUGACAGUCCUGCCUAUGUAUUUCAAUAAACAAAUGGACAAACAAUUAUAAAAUAUUAAGAAAUUGAUGCUGUGAGACCAGACAGUUACACUUCUUGUUUUAUAAUAUUUAGUGUUCUGUUGUCUUUUGUUGUCCUUUAUUUAUAGUUUUUCUUCUCUUGAAAAAGGAAAAACUGGUUUGUAUGCGAUAAUCUUGCUUGGGAAAGACGAUGAGUGAUGACUGGUUUUAGUGUGAGUUUUUCGAACAGAUAUUUACCACCUGAUACGCACACACUCUUCUCACCGCCGCCUCAAGCGCAGUGUUUUGCCGUCUUGUGUGUGAUGUGUUCCAUCAUUCCAUGCGACCAGAGACUUGCUUUCUCUACCUGAUCCCACACAAGAACAAGUGUCCCUGUAAAUUCUGACACUUUUCGGUGUUUGGUAUAACAUGCCAUAUGGUUGUCGAACUCUUACACGCUCUGCCUCCACUUCCAGUGCAACACAACAGGAAGUUUCCUCCCCAUGUUUAGUUUCAAACCUGUGUCACUACAAAUCAAAAUACUUAGUUCAAAAUUCAUUCAGAAUGGAGAGAUGAAUCUUAAAUAACAGAUGCCUGUGUGAAACACCCACAGCAGAUUUUACACUCCCGCGUCUGAACUGAGAGCUAAAAUGGCAUCAUUUGAUCUGCCACAGUGGAAAACAUCGACUUCAACUAAACCAAGUACUGAUCAUUCUGAUUGAAAAGGUACCACAAUACUCCCUGAUUUAUGUGAAUUAAGCGUUUUAUUCAUUGGCAAUUAACAGUGUCUAAAAUGGAAAAACAACAGUUGCUGCUAAUGAACACUUAACUCACUGGUAUGGAAAAGGGAAAUGUUUAGAGACUGCGUGUUCAUUUCAUUGCCUUUUUUUUUUUUUUUUUAAGUGGGAAACAAAAUGCCAAAAACCAAGAUAAGUUGUAUAAUUCAAAACAAGAAUUUACUAGUGAUGGAACGCUAACAUUGAUGUUAUGUUAUGCCAUAAUAAUAACGAUAAUAACAACAAUAAAGACAUUUUAAAAAUGUCCAGAACCUGAAAA